GGUCACGAUGCAGGUCUCACACUAUACCGCCCGAUGCUCUGAUGCGACCUGAGUGCUCACACUGUGCCUCCAUAAAAUGAAGGUUAUAACAGAAAAUCUGUCGCUCACUCUCCCUCUCUGUCUUUCACUCACACAGACACGCACACCACCACCAUCAACUUUGCUAAAUUGCUAAUGAAAAACAUUGAUCAGGCAGCUGUGAUUGAGCAGCAAUGUAAAUCCAACUAUUUUCACGGUUGUUGUGGUCGUGAUAAUUUUGUGAUGCCACAUCGAAAAGGCUCGGAUGAGCUUUCCAAAGUUCUACAAGUUGUGCCUCCAUCGCUUGAGUCCAGAUCACACGCUGCACAGCCGUGCUGCUCCGUCUUUUUCACCGACGUUUACGUGUUUGCGCGUGAGCAGUGUGAGCGGCUGCGGUGACACCCUCACGAGCGAUUGAUGAUCGGGAGCUGGUCGUGAGGUGUUAAUCGCUUCUCGUUACCCCACGUAUACUACAAGAUGCACGAUGAAGGCCAAAAUCGGUCGCACGACUCAAAAAUCGGCUCAAAAUGGGCCAAAAAUCGCACAGUGUAAGCCCAGCAUUAGACCAGCAAUGUUUGUUCCCCUCAGAGAAAGAAAAAAAAAGGCUGCAAAAGUACUGGGAGGAAUGGGAAAAGGAAAACACUGGAAAAGUGCACGAUAACACCUAUAAAGCGCACUGCACUGUGUGCCGGCGCACUUUUUCCAUAGGCAUGCUUCUAAUGGUGGGCACAUGAAGAACAUGAGGGGCGUGAAAGCUCGGGGAACCCUUAACCAAUUUUUUGUCCACCAGGCCACGGCAGAAGCAGAUAUGGCUGUUGUGAAAUGGCUGCAAUGGUGAAACUCAGAAUCAUUUUCUCCGAAAAUGAUUCCCGGAGAUUGAUCCUUCCAAAUGGGAUGCCAGAGUCUGUCAGUGAGCUAGUUCAGCAGAUAAAGGGACAGUGUGGAGUUAAUGGGGACUUCAGGCUUCAGUUCAUGGAUGCAGAAUUUGGGAAUGAAUUCACCAACUUGGAGUCAAUGUCGGACAUCCAGGACAAAAGUACCAUCAAGGUCAUCUUUAGCUCAGUUACACCUGUCGAGCCUGGUGAGCCACUGCUCCCUCUUUACUCAUCUGCUGCCACUUCCCGCACUCUAGAUGACUCCUCAUCCCUUUCAUCUCCUGGGAACUCAUUUGAUACAGACAUAUUGUCUUCUCCUGAAUCUACAUCCUCAAGAGCCACUGCAUGGCCCGAUGUCUUCCCCAUUCCCCGGUUCUCUUAUGAUACUCAACUACAGCUGGACAGGGCCAAUGCUACUUUCAAAGAAUCUGGAGCUUUAUUGAAUCCUGAUCAUAAAAUUAAGUCUGCCAUUCUUGAUGGUUUAGCUGAAACAAUUGUUCAGUACAAGGUCUACCUCUCUGACAGGGAGUUUGAUGAGGUCGCAGAAGCUCUUGUAACAACCCAUCCAUGUUUGAAAGAGCCUGGUUCAGUCACUGGAUAUGGCGGAUGGAAAACAAGCUUGAAGUAUAAACUUGCUAACUACCGAACUAAGCUUAGACGGCUUGGAUGCCCUGAAGUUACUGUGAAUUCCUUAAAACAUAAACCUGAUGGCAAAUGUACUCCUGCGUAUGGCGUGAAGAAGCCAAAAAAAGCUGAAGUGAAUUACUGCCCCACUUAUCCAGCUGGUGAAACUGCAGAGACACUAGAAGAAAUCAGAGUGGACCUCCUGUCAGAAGUUAAGAAAAAAAACAAUGACCACAGGGUGGCUGCAAUGAUGGAGAAGACCUUUGCUCUCAGAAGGCAAGAGGUAGUACGUGAAGCACCGAUGAUCGCUGAAUUCAAAAUGAGGUGGCCAGCUCUCUUCCAUGUGUGUGAGGUGAGUGCAGAAUUCAAGAGGAUUACAACCAUCCAUUUGCAGUCCAAGUUCUUCUCCCAGCUGGAUAGUUAUUCGGCAAACCUUAUGAAGAUAUAUGCCAAGAAGGGUGGAGUACAAGGGCGAAAAAUUAAGACCAUCAUGGCACCUGCAACCCAGACUGCUGCUGUUGAAGUCAGAAGAGAAUGCAUCCUCAAAGGUCUUUGCGUGUACCUGAAUGAAGAUCCAGAGAAGCUGGUGAAGGAUUACCUGGACGUUGAUAAAAGCAUCGCCACUGCCAUAGCAGAGACCGUCUUUGGAAUCUGUGUGAUUCGAUCAGAGGGUGCGGAGCCUGGCGAUGACCCUCAGGAUGUUAUGAUUGUUCUAGAGGGGGUGGAAGUGAUGGCAUGUCUUUAUCCUGUAUUACUUCUGUCACCCCAACCGGUUGCAGCAGAUGGCCCCGCCCCUCCCUGAGCCUGGUUCUGCCGGAGGUUUCUUCCUGUUAAAAGGGAGUUUUUCCUUCCCACCGUCGCCCAAGCGCUUGCUCAUAGGGGGUCAUAUGAUUGUUGGGUUUUUCUCUGUAUCUAUUAUUGUAAGAUCUACUGUACAAUAUAAAGCGCCUUGAGGCGACUGUUGUUGUGAU